AUGAGUGACACUUUGAUAUUAGAUGUGAUUGGUCGAAGAGUUGAAGUUAGUGGAGAGUAUGCAACAGUGCGUUUUUCUGGCGUUAUCCCUCCCACAGCAGGGCUUUGGUUAGGAGUGGAAUGGGACAACCCUGAGAGAGGGAAGCAUGAUGGCAGCCAUGAAGGGACCGAGUAUUUUAAAUGCAGGCACCCAACUGGAGGAUCCUUUAUCCGUCCCAACAAGGUCAAUUUUGGAGUAGACUUUCUUACUGCAGUUAAGAAACGCUAUGUGUUAGCAGAUGGACUAGAGGGAAGCAGAAAAGAGCAAAUGAUCACAAUUGGAAAGAAACCUGUGGAAACUAUUGGUUUUGACUCUAUUAUAAAGCAGCAAAGUCAACUAAGCAAGUUGCAAGAAAUCUGUCUGAGGAAUUGUGCAGUGAAUUGUGCUGGUGAAAAAGGAGGGAUUGCUGAAACAUGUCCUAAUAUUAGAAACGUAGAUUUGUCAAGAAACCUGUUGUCUUCAUGGGACGAAGUGAUACGUAUUGCUGACGAGCUUAAAUACCUGGACACUCUUAAUCUCAGUGAAAAUAAACUCCAGUUUCCCUCCAGUUCACCAUGUAUGACGGGAACAUUUUCUGCACUGAAGAUUUUAGUUCUUAAUAGAACAGAGAUAACAUGGGCUGAGGUGCUGCAGUGUGCCCCUGGGUGGCCAGUCCUCGAGGAGCUAUAUCUAGAAUCGGACAAUCUUUUCAUUUCAGAAAGGCCGACUGGUGUCCUGCAGAUGGUGAAGUUACUAGACCUUUCCGAUAAUCGGUUAAUUGAUGAGAAUCAACUGUUUCUGUUAGCAUAUAUGCCCAGAUUAGAACAGUUACUCCUCUCUGGCACUGGCAUUUCAUCCAUACAUUUUCCAGAUGCUGGCAUUGGCUGCAAAACAUCAAUGUUUCCUUCCUUGCAGUACCUGGUCGUGAAUGACAGCCAGAUAUCCCAAUGGUCUUUCAUCAAUGAGCUGGACAAGCUUCCGAAGCUGCAUUCUCUAUCCUGUGUAAGGAACCCCCUGACCGAUGGGAACAGAGAUGUCGGGGCGACCCGUCAGUUCAUCAUCGCCAAAAUAGGUCAGCUGAGGAUACUGAACAAAUGUGAGAUCCUUCCGGAGGAGAGGCGCGGAGCCGAGCUUGAUUACCGGAAAGCUUUUGGAAAUGAGUGGAAAAAGGCUGGCGGACAUCAGAAUCCAGACAAAAACAGACCCAGUGAAGACUUCCUCACGGCGCAUCCUAGAUACCAGUUACUCUGUCUUAAAUAUGGUGCACCUGAAGAUGGGGAACUCAAAAUACAGAAACCAUUUAUGCUUAAGAAUCAACUACUAAAGCUGAAUAUAAAAUGUCCUAAUCAACUUGAUCAGAAAGUCACAGAGAAGCAGUUACCAGACUUCAUGACAAUUCAAAAGGUGAAAGGAUUGUUAUCACGUCUUCUAAAAGUUCCUGUGUCCGAACUCCAGUUGUCCUAUGAAAGCCCCAAAAUGCCUGGCAGAGAAAUUGAACUAGAAAAUGACCAGCAGUCAUUACAGUUUUAUUCUGUGGACAAUGGAGACUGUCUAGUGGUGCGAUGGUAA